AUGGCUGUUCAAAGUGUAUCGCAGGGCGGCAAGAGCAUUGCGCACAAGGCAGAUAUUUUCGCGAAGCCAAUGCAUUUGGAGAACCCGAUGUCAUCUACACUGAUUGUUGAGAUUAUUCAGGAUGAAGUGCAGAAGAAUAAUAUGGCCUGGAUGAUGGAGAAACAGGCCAAGUCUAUGCCGACGGCUUUGCGGGAUAACUAUAACCCAGCUACCGAUUCUUCUUAUGGAAAUAAUCAUGUCAAAGAUCUUCUUGAUACCAAGGACGGCACUCUCUCCUUGAUUAUGGACGUUUUUCUUACUGUCCCUCCACCGACCCUAUCCGCAGACAAGCUGCCCGUCUUCGAGAUUGAAGAUAGUGAUCUGGUCAAGCUGGAUUCAGACAAGCCAUUUCCUGAGAUGCCACCAUCAGCUGAGGAGUGGGAGCCAGCUAACCCUUUGCCUGAUUCACAACAAUGGGAAGAUGUGCACAAAGCAUGGAAGCAGCCCUCGUUGGAAACCGGAGAUCAAGGGCAAUUGGGUUCCGUGUCGCGCUGGCACAAGGCAUUUAACUGGGACAAGGCGAAGUGUCCAGGCUGGCCGGUUUGCCAAAGCAAAUGGACGCAAAGUUUAACGACCUUUUUGUGGCAGCGCCGUUGA